AUGGAAUAUGGUGACGGAAACGCGACAAGAGAUGACUGCAUAGCCAUGAUCCGGCUUCUCGUCAAGCCGGAUUGCGGGGUAGCAGCCCGGGAUGGCAGCGAUGGCGAUGGCGCCGGGAUUUCGGCGCGACUUGUCCUGCUGUGCCCUGUAGGACAACGGCAAAUUGAAGCGUGCUUCAGAUUGAAGAGCAUGUGGGCUGGUGCUCGUCUCGAGAUCCCUGAAGAGGCAAUGAUCUCGGUGUUUGAGAUGAGCAACGGUCAAAAACAUGCCCCAGCAUUUCAGCAUUGA